GGGGGCUGACCCCGGCCACGUGACAACUAACUACUCCGCCGCUGCUCUGCUGCUGCUGCUGCUGUAGCGGUGUGUGUGUGUGAGAGUGUGUGAGUGUGUGUGUGCUGUGUUUCUCACAGUUGGGUUGUGUGGUCGGCCUGAGCUCACAGCAGCAGAGCCUGACGUCUGGAGGAAGGGAAACACAGACAGGUAGCUUAUUCCGGGCAUGAAAGAUGGAGCUCUCGGCGGUGGGUGAUCGCGUUUUCGCCGCGGAAGCGAUACUCAAACGCCGCGUCCGUAAGGUGAGGAAGAACCGCCGCCGCCGCCGUCCCGCGUGUUGUGACUUUCCCACAGAUGUUGUCCGCGGUCAGCACACACAGGCUCAGGGCUGCCUUCUGCGAGCUUAUGUAGGCCUUGUUGACUGGCGGAUGCCUUUGCUUUGAAGCCAGAGUUAGCCAGAAGCUAAGUAGCGAGGCUAACCAAUCAUGGCUGGUAUGUUGAGGCAUUAGCAGGGCAAUAAAAACAGCAACACAAAGAAAGAAGGGGCUAGCUGCAGAACAAGGCAGUCGAUGGAGGAGAGCUAUGAAAUGGAGGGGCCCGUUUUCUCUGCCAGCUAAUGGUAGCCAAAGCUAUACGACCACAGUGUGUGCAGGAGUCUGUAAACUACCACAUUAGAGACUGACUACAAGGGGAAACACAAAUAUCUGCAUGAACCUCCUUAUAAUGUUUGUUUUUAAAAAGCUACCACACUUUGGUUUGGUCUGUUUUGGCUCAGUCCUCAACAGAAAAGUUUCUGUAUGUUAAUCACAGGGCUGUAUCUUAAUUGGCUGGUAGGGGAGAGUGGGGUAAGUUGAGCCACCCCCUGUUGCUUGGAAAUGGUAAAAUAAAUUGAUCAUGUGACCAAAUAUUGAGGAGAUGGGCAUCAAUUCAUGGAGUCUGUGAAGGUUAGAAGCUCAUGGGUGAAGAGGUUAGACAUUUAAAGUGAAUUUAGUUUGUCAUCAGUUUGAUUAGAAAUGUGUUCAGACCAAAACAGAUCAUUUUAAAUCUGUUUUACCAUCAAUUCUGGUAUCUAUGAACUACAACAUGAGGUCAUUAUUCAUGUUUUCACAAAUAGGGGAGAGUGGGGUAAGUUGAGCCAAAGGGUAAGUUGGAAUUAGUCCUGAUGGUCUGGGGAUCACUAGAGUCCAAUCUACAAGUUUAGGAGCAUCAGGACUCUGUAGUUGGAGUCACCGCAUGGUCAGAAUAUCACUUGAGGUCUGAUGAAUCUUAAUCUAACUCUCUUUUGGAAAGGACAACUGGACUUACUUGAGACGUUUCGCGAAACGUCUCAAGUAAGUCCAGUUGUCCUUUCAAUGAAGAAUUGGAAAUCAUAGAUGCUGCAUUCUCAGUUUUUAACAAUAGGGGAGAGUGGGGUAAGUUCAUCUGACCAAAUAUUUAGGAGAUGGGCAUCAAUUCAUGGAGUCUGUGAGAAGCACAUGGGUGAAGGGGUUACACAUUUGGCUGAAACAACUUUAAUCUGCAAAAGAGGGGCCCGGCAGAAAAAGUUUGGGACAACUGGCUUAAAGGCAUUCUCAUGUUCAAAUGUUUUUUUUUUACAAAACAGCUUUUUAGCAGUUAUAUACAAUAAUAAUAAUAAAAAGAAUGAUUGUACCAGUUGAAUAGAGUAUAAUAGAUAAAAAUACGCAUAAAUGUGAAGCUCUUCACAAUCAGGGCCCCCUCCUACAUCAGCACCCUGUUCCACCGCCACAACCCCCCCCCCCCCCCCCCCCGCAACCUCCGCUCCUCCGAUGCCAACCUCCUGUCCCCACCCCUCCGAACGACUCAUCGAACCUGGGGGGGACAGGGCCUUUUCUAUUGCCGCACCCUCCCUCUGGAACUCUCUCCCCGUCCAGAUCAGAUCCUGCACUGACUUGCCCUCCUUCAAAUCGCUUCUGAAAACCCAUCUUUUUAAAAUUGCUUUUAACAUGUGACUAUUUUACUUAUUUAUAUUUAUUUAUUUUAUUUUAUUGCUAUUUUCAAAUUGUGUGCUUUAUGUAAAGUGUCUUUGAGUAUCAUGAAAAGUGCUAUACAAAUAAAAUAAAUUAUUAUUAUUAUUAUUAUUAUUAUUAAGAAGUGACUGUUAUUUAGGGAGAGAGAAGGUGAGGGAGGGCUGGGAGGGAGAGUGAUACGGCUCAACUUACCCCGCUCCUAUGGUCAACUUACCCCAUACACGGGGUAAGUUGACCAUAGGAGACCCCUUUUUUUGUCCUGCUAUAUUCUGAAGAUGACAGUUCUGUUUACAGUCAUUCUGUUGGUUUGCAGGGAUUAACAACAUCCUGAAAUAUCUGCAGAUACACGAGUUUGAGACAAAACUAGGACUGACUUGAUGUAGUGAUCCCAAAUAUGAAAAAUGGUUCAUCUUACCCCGCUCUCCCCUAUUGCAUGCUUAAACUUCAUAGUUGCACCUCCCUUACACAUGUCCUCUCUCUUAAAAGCAGGCUCAGGUUAUAAGGAUUGGCUCCUCUCACACAGCAGCUGAAUGACUCAUCCUUUCUGAAAAUGAUGCCAUAUGAUGAUUAUUGUUUCCUUCUCUGGAGAACACUUGUUUGAACGCACCAUGUUCACUGUUAUAUAUGGGAUUUUUCUGCAAGGAUAGGCACACAUUAAGACCAGAUCUGCCUGUCUGAUCAAAUAAGGAGAAAUCUCAAACUUGCAGAAUAAUAUGUUCUUGGAAACAUAAUCAGAUUAUAGCGUGAGAUAUGCCAGACAACAGAUCGAGUCAUCGUGGAGGAUGCAAGGCUGAAUUAAUAAGACAGGGUUGUGUUGCAAGAACUGAGGAUUUUGUAAUGACACGACUAAACAUAUAACUCCUUAAAGUUGAUUUACAAAAGACUGAAGAUUUAAAAAUGUCGUUUGUGUUAAUCUGCCAUGUCGUCUGUUUGCAGGGAAGACUUGAAUACUUGGUAAAGUGGAAAGGAUGGGCGAUGAAGUAAGUGAUAAACCUGUUUGACUACGUUUACAUGUUUCCAUAUAUUGUAUUUUUAAUGUUACUCCGUUGUUUUUAGGCACAGCACUUGGGAGCCGGAGGAGAACAUUCUGGAUGACAGGCUGAUUUUGGGCUUUGAGCAAAAGUAAGUACGAAUUAUCGAUUAUCACGAAGCCUAAUGUUGGAAGUGCAAAGUUUUAGGUAGUCUACCCCUAACUGAUGAGACACCCGAGUAUUUUGUUGAGUUUGAUUCUCUUAUUUUAACUCCAGAUCAUUUUAAGCACAAAUGCAUCUUACUGUCUGACUUACUUUUUAACCUUUUAGAGUCUUUACAUUUCCUCAGCUCAUCUCUUCCUCUUCUUUUAUAAGCGGCCAUGUGAGCCGAGGUCUUUUAUGUCUGCUGCCAGGCCACUUGAAAGCUUCGUGCCGCUCACAGAGAGCGAGUGUUUACAGAGAAUUAAAAAUGGGCAGGAAACUAAAACGGACACAAUAAAACAGACAAAAACUGACGCCGCAUCAAACGGAAACCGAAACGGACACGUGCGGAUCUGGCUGUGUUCAAAUGUGGCUUCAAACGCUCCCCGUGUCUGACUGCUCUACUUUCAUUCUCACUCAGCUUUCACUGCUGUCCUCAUUUUUUCGAGACUUGCUUUGCUUUUGCAGUUUGUACGGUUUUAACUGUCGUUUGGUUUUCGCAGGGAACGAGAAAGGGAACUGCACGGGCCGAAGAAACGGGGACCGAAACCCAAAAACUUUGUAAUGAAGGUACUGAUUUUGGUGUUUGAAGAAAGACUUGCAGAUUAAGAUGGAUCUACCGUUCACACUUGUCAGAUUAGAUGUGGUUCAAAAGGCAAUAAAUGGUUUUCUGAUUCUUCACCAUCUCCAGCAGACCCGUGCUCCAAAAGGAGGGAACAGCAGCAGAGCCUCGAACACCCGCCAGACCGCUGCAGCAACUUCCAGCCGAGCAACUCCCUCCUCCUCCGCCUCUGCAUCCACCUCGCCUCGCCACUUAGCGUCUUCUUCCUCCUCUUCCUCUGCUGUAGCGCCCUCCCCUAAACUCAAUUCCCUCGCGGCCACCCACAAGCUGAAGAAAGACAUUCACCGCUGCCACCGGAUGUCCAGGCGCCCCUUGCCCCGCUCAGACCCCUUGGCGCCCUCGUUCUCCAAUCCCGGUGGCUUCCCCUCCCGCCCUCACGUCUCUCCUUUCUCUGAAACCGUCCGCAUCCUCAACCGCAGAGUCAAACCCCGGGAGGUCAAGAGGGGUCGGAUCAUCCUCAACUUGAAGGUGAUUGACAAGGCAGGUCGGGGUGGCGCAGCUGCGGGCGGCAGGAACGUCGCAGCGGGACACCAAAACAUCCCUUCACGCAAUCGCAUCAUUGGGAAGAAGGGCGAAGCACCUUACAGACCUUUCCAGCCCCCCAUGAAGAUGCUGGGCUUCCCCAUGUAUGGGAAGCCGUUUGGGCUGCAAUGUGGAGGUCCUCUGCCCUUCCCCUCCCACCCAGGGUCAUGCUCCAGCAGAGGGGCCAGGGACACCCACUCCUCCUCCUCCCAGUACCAGUCCCCUCCUUCUCCUUCCAGCUCCAGCGGCUCUGAAGGCAAAUCUCCGACCAGCGCCUCAGCUGCGAAAUCGAAGGCACCUGCAGAAGCUUCUCCUCCCACUGAAGGUCCAAAGUCGACUACACCUUACACAGAGACUCAGACGGGCCAGAGCACCAAGCCACCCACCCAACCAGACCCCACAGCAUCGGGGUCCCCUUUCCUCCCUUCCUCACCCUCUUCCUCGUUGGAGGAUGAAGAAGAGGAGGGCGCUCUAGAUCAUUCAAAGGGAGGCAGAAGGAAUCCUCGCCAACACGGGGCUAAGCACCAUCUGCCCGCCACCUCUUCUGCUGCUACCCCCGGAGACCAGACCUCCCCCGAACCCAAAAGGGUGCCUGCGGAGGGAGACCCUGACUGGCAUCCUGAAAUGGCUCCAAGCUGCAAGGAUGUGGUGGUCACCGACGUCACCACCAACCUGGUCACCGUCACCAUAAAAGAGUUCCCCUCUCCCGCCUCCUGCCCUGCCUCACCCUCUGCUGGCCCUGAGGAAACCCCCUCCUCCCCUCCCCCCGGCUCCACCUCUGACGACUCCUCUGCCCCUAAGCCAUAGAAGAUCAGAUGUUGUGAAGCUGAUUGCCAUAAAUGAUGAAAAAGAUAUUUGGCCAGCGUUGCCACCUUAGCCCCCUUCGUGCAUAUUUGUCAAAUGAAAUGUAAUGUAACUUAAAGCCGCCCAGCCAUUGAAUUAUACUAAAGCAUAUUUUUUUGAAGAAUUGUGUAAAUUUGAAAAGAGGGCAGCUAAUACGCUCUUUUUUGCCACUUAAAUUGCCAUAUUUUUGUCCACUUGCACAGCACUGACUCCUUUAAAGCAGACCUGAAUCCACAUGGUAUUCGCUUGCUUUCGCCUGCCGAGUUUAGCUUGUUGGGUGCGACGAAAAGUUCCCCAAGAAGUGAAAUGAAAACCCCUCAGUUCCUGGGUGUUAGCCGACAUUUCCAUCGAGCGGACUCGGUACAGGAGAAAGAAAGAAAUACCUCUCUGAUUCAGACCCUGCUGUGGAGGCUGAUACGACAGCCUCCAGGUGUUUUGCCAAUUUCCUGCCCUCUUGUCUGAUUGGAGGUCCAGCUUGUUAAUGAUAAAUGAGGUGAUGUGUUUUUGCACUUAACACAGUUGGACUCUCAUAUAUUGCAUCAAUACAGCGAGGUAAAUGCAAUGCACUUGACUGCAUCGAAAAAUGACCUAUGUUAUGUAGUUCAUCAAUUUUUCAAGGCCUUUUCCUCUUGCUCUCUUGAACGCACAUGCAUAUACAUACGGUAUGAGUAAGUAUUUAUAUGCACGCACAACCUUGAAGCUGCAAACGAAUAUACAGAAACAGUAGUUUUAAGUUAUUGCCGUUCUUUCCGUCUUUCCCCGCUUGCCUUCUUUUCUCACGAACUCGCCGUCUUUAACUCCGUGACGUCCUCUAAGACUCUAAACUGAUGUGAAAGUUCUCCUCCCUGCCUGAUAACAUCUCAACUUCUCAAAAGUCUUGAAGGUCCAUGAGCUGAACACAGUUCAGGCUGAAGCAAACAACUAUUUGCAGCUAAGAAUAGAAGUGUGUUGAACCCCUGAGCGACUUGGCAGGAAGUGGAAUAUGUACCGGGGCAGUUUGAGUUUGUAAAAAUCAAUAACAGUUGAGGAGUUUGUUUGUUUGUUUCCCUGCCUGGUUGUAACAGCUUCUCACCCCGUCUUGUUCCUUCUGGAUGUUUAUGUUUAGCUAACAGGCUUAUUUCUUUUUAGCAGUUUUUGUAGCACUGAUAAGUUUUCAGCUGCAUAGGCUCAGAGAAACCCAACGGUGCGUUAGGAUUUGGUAACAGGCCGCUCUGCCAACCCUUAAGGUCUGUCAGUCACAGAACUGUGGUUGGAAUUUUAAUUCUCUGAACUACUGAAGGUUUUUGGAGGAGAUAAAAGUCUGUCAGUUAGACCUCAGGCAGUUAUCAGGUUGGGUUGUAGCUGAAUGUGGAGUGUCUGGUAGAAGGGUCGGUGACUUCAACUCUGAGGCCAUGGUUCCACAGCCUCCAGCAGAGGAGGUCCGCUAUCCUGGGACUCGCUCAGGAGUGAGAGGAAAAUGGAGGUUUCUGUGUUCUGGAGCUGAUCCAGAAGGCAGAGUCUACAGUUCUGACUCCUGAUCCUGGUCUUGAGCCGGUGACGAAAAGAUUGGGAAAACAGAAACAAGAAACAAAUGGAGUUUCCUCCUCGUGGUGGGUGACUCAGAUGUAGGGAAGACGCUCAAAGUGAGUUUGGAGGAGAGCCAUUGCUCUUCGGCCUGAAAGGGGGGCAGCUGAGGUCGUUUGCACAUUUGUGGCCGUUAUCUUCAGAGGUUUCCAGCAGAGAAGUGACCUCGAGAUGACCUGAAGUAGCUUGGAGGAUUGUAAAACCUUAUUUGGUCUGGGGGGUUGCUUGGGGAUUUCCCAAGGGGGUUUGGAAAUCAUUGCCAGGGGAGAGGAAAUUUGGGCUGACUUGGUGUGCCACCACUUUCACGAGGCUGAGGAUAAGCUGAAGAAAACUGAUGAAUGAGUGCUUUUGUUGUUGUUGUUGGUAGUUCACGGCAACAGGCAUCGUCCCACAUUUGCUCUUAGUUAAUCUUCUAGUGUUGACUGAACUCUGUCCAGUUAAAAAAGUACUCACUGGAUCUUUAUUAUGCUGUUGAAAUAUUUGAAAGAUCACCAUUCAAGCUGCUGCCGAUCGUCUUUUUCUUUCCAUUGAGUAAAAACGUGCAGAUACGCCUUCCGGAGAGUCAGCCAAUGUCUGUAGCAGUGCUCCUUGCAGCAUAAACUGUGCCCUUCUCUGUUUCUUUAAAGUUUGAGCCAGAUUUACUCUUCAACCCUUUUGCAUCAAGUUUUAGCCUGAAGUGCUUACAUAAAGUCGAGUAGAGAGACUACACUUGUUCUCUGGAUGUGAGGCACCAUGUCCCGCUUUAGACCCCGAUCUUAAAACUGGUACUUUCCCGACUGUUGCAGUUUAAAGUCACAAGAGACAGAAUAUUCUUGUGUUGCCUUCUGGUUCUCCUUUACUGGCAUUUUAAGAAGCUUUUGUUGUGUCCAAAUUAUGAAGUGCAACCCUGGAACCAAGAGCCCGACUGCUAUGAGUGCAGACCUGUGAGGAUGCCAGUCUUGUUGCCAGCCCUCUUAGCUCCAUUUUGACCUCUUGAGUUGUUUGCUGGACUGCGACUUCCACUAUAGACUAGACAGGAAACCAGAAUAAAAUUGCCUCCAAGACGAGGACCAGCUGGUUCUUGGACUUGACCCAAAAGCCCAGUGAAGAACAAUACCCUUUCUUGCUGCUGGUCUUUCUCGUUGAAAACUGCCUCCAGACAAAUUAUAUGUUGUUCUGUUAAGAGGUCGCCAUCGAUAAGAUGUCUCUUUUGUAGUUUACGAAGCGUUGUUCCUGAUUUGCUGCCCAUAACAACUAGGACCUGGUGCUUUCUGACUACAUAGUAAACAGCUGGCACACAUCUUUUUAAAUACAAAUAUCCAGUUUGCUGUCUUCUAGAGUCAUCGCGGUACAGUUGGAAAGCUUGUCAAGCGCGAAUCUAAAUCCAAAAGAAGUUGAUUAAAACAAAUGUUGAUGGUUUAAAACCGUUGAAAACUUGUAUUUAAUCAAAAAUAGUGCAGAGACAAAAUAUCAAAUGAUGAAACUGAAACCACUUACAGUAAUCUCAGUCCACCUUAAACAGGUCCAGAGGAGAUGCCUGUAUCAUGUGAGCAUACGGUUUCCUCUUUGCUGUGUGCUGUUUCAACAUCUAUUUGUAGAUGCAGCAACAAAUUGGUUUUAGGGUGCGAUUUUGAGACCAUGUGAUGAUUUCCACUACAGAGUACCAUCUGUUUUUAAAUGUAGUGCCACCUGAGGGUCAAAGUGGUUUCUCCAGAUCCCCUUAAAGUGAUAUUUGGGCGUAAAAUAAGUGAUAGUCAAAACAACAUCACACCGAGUUUGAGAUGAAUGUUGUCAACCGCUUGCUUCUCUAGUUAUACCAACUUUAGUAACGACCGCAGGAUAGAAAUACAAACCUCAACCAAAACGCCACUCUAUAGCCACAAAUAAUGCUCAGAACAGCACCUAACUUCAUCAACAGGACAUAUAGGGUCACAGACAUAGUACUAGACACCAAACAUCUUUUUAACUUUGACUCAUUUCUUUAGCAAAGAGACGAAACACAACUCACCUACUCUCUUCCAGCAGACGCUUGUUUGUGGGGAAGCCCUGACCAGAUGAUCGCCAAGUGCAGCGGAGUUUCGCAGCUCAAGGAAGAACAUUUAUGAUCAUUUCUUCAUGGAAAUACAAUCAGACCGAGACGCUAAGACAGAAGAACUACCGCGUCUGUAAAAUGAUUAAUAUGGUGAUUAGUACUUCAUGGAAAUGAUCCGCUGCACUCGGUUUUCGACUCUUCAGGGCUCCCCCACAAACAAGUGGCUGCUGGAGGAGAGUGGGUGAGUUGUGUUUAGUCUCUUUGCUAAAGAAAUCAGGCAAAGCUAAUAAGAUGUUUGGUGGCUGGUACUAUGGCUGGGACCCUUACGCUGAAAUAUCCCUUUAAGGCUUUUAAUGAAACUAAUAAGUGGGUAGAUGUUCCUCCAGGUGACUUAUCUGUACCUUCAGUGCUUUGUUGUCUCGGCCCAAACACCCAUCGAGUCUAAAAUGAGCAUGUAUUUAUCAUAAAACUGUUUCCAGUUUCAAAUUCUGGUUUUUGUCUUUCUCUAUUUUAGAUUUGGCGUUUAAGUGAUUUUAAGUCAUCAUGGUUGGAUAGACUCUCAGAAUCAAAAGGUGCAUUUGUGUUUUUGACUGUUAUCUCACCGCCAAGCUAGGUCACCGUAGUUUGCUUUCAGCUACUUGCCUAAAAAAAUCCAGAGCAUUGAAAUUUUUCAGCCUUCAAGUGCAUCUUGCAUACAUCGAAAGAAACGAAGCCCUUUAUACACGAGCUGUAAACCCUUUCCUGGUGCUGCCUGUUCUGUGUCGACCUGUUCGGAUCUUGGUUCUUCAUCUGGUGCACCCUUGUGUUACAAUAUUUAAAAAUCUUCCGCAUGUGUUGCCUUAUAGCUGCUCCGUUCAACCGAGGCGACUUUUACCUCGUCUUAAACAAUUAAUCCAACCUUCCUUACCUGCCGUGACUGCAAUGGUGUAGAAAAAAUAGAUGUUACUGCUUACAGUAAUGUCCCGGAUGGGCUUGUGGCGUCUCAUUUCCCAGUUACAAACACGCCUUUCUCUCUUGAGGAAGAUGUCGCCUCCUCUCCUGUCAUGUACUGGAUGGUUCCUCUAGUUGUCGUCAUUACUGUACUGCUCUCAUAGGUUACACGUGGAAAGAUUUAUUCCAAAGCGGAGCAUCCAUUAUCUGAAGAAAACAGCGAGUUGCACUUGUGUAGUUGCCAAAUUCAAAUCAAGGUUCUUAGAAAAAGUUUGUAAAACUUUUGCGACAAAGUGAGAAAAAACGGGAUUAUAUUUUCUGACAGCUCUUCUUUGGAUGGAUCGAUGUCGUUUUGGAAUAGACUUUUUCACCUACUGUAUCUUUAAUAUUUAAGUGGUGGAUAGAAGUGACUCUUGCAGUUGGUAGAUGUGUGAGGUAUUAGGCUGUUCGGCCGUGUGUCCAACAGUUGAUAGCAAUGUUUUCUCUUUUUUUUGUUUGUUCUCAUGUGGGGUAGCACAACUCAACUUAGUGGCCUAUCUUUCAACCAAAUAGGGCUCUUGAUUUUAUUAUUUGACUUUUUUAAAAACCUCUUUGUUUGUCCUUUUCGAAUCGUUUGACAUUGAUAACGUGAUGUGAUUUUGAGUGCUGGAUUUAUUUUGGCACAAAUAGGAAAAAAGGAAGGAUCCUCAUUUCAACGUGUGGCAAAAGAUGCUUGAUGAAUUGAAAAUUGUGCUUUUUAAGGCUUCGGUUCCUUUGUACUGUACUUUAAUACUUAUUUUGAAAUACGCAUAAUGAUGUUGAUAUGAUGCUGUCAUUUGAGCGCCAUUUUUCAAAAGUCCAUAACGGGUUUGAUUAAAAGGCAAACUGAUUUUAAUGUGUUAAGACUGCAGUUAGGUCUGCUUUCAUGCUAAUAUGAAUUAUGUACAUUGUAUUGAUGGUAAUAAGGAGGAGGAUAAUGAUGACGUUGUAAUGUAUCUGAACUUCUGAAGCAUGUUUUGCGAACCCCUAUUGUACAGAUUAUGUAUCCAGUGUCAUGUUAACUGUUACUGUUGUUGCUUUCUGUGUGUUUCUUGUACAAGGCUUUUAAUUAAAAGCUCCUUAAAAGCGCUCUGACUCAUUGUCUGUUUGUCUCUCACUUAAUACUCUGAACUACUGUAGGCCUGUCAAUAUUGAGAGGGGUCUGGCUGCAGACCUCCACUGAGAGGCCCCGAGGUAACGUUAUUUCUCACGUGCUCCAGUUUGUUUGAAGUGGUCAUCCCAUUUUGUAUUUUGUCUUUGUCGAACACAUGAAUAAACAAAAAAAUCGUAGUUAUAUUAUAAACAUAAAAUAAAGUCCCAAGAAAAAAAAUGAUAUUCACACAAAACAAAAAAUAUGUACUUCCCGGUCUAAUCGCUUUUAAUUCAAAAGGCUUUGAGUAAACUUUGGAUGUAAAAAAAAAAAAGAAACGUACUCCCGGUAUAUGUGCUUUUAUUUUGAAAGGCUUCAAA